AUGACACAGCAGAAUUCACAGGAUCAGUGGCAUCCUCGAGCCAACUGGAAUUUACCACCAAGAAACAUGGUUGACGGAGUAGGAUUUAAUAAGGUUGCCAUUGUGACGGGAUGCGCAAGUGGGAUGGGGCUGGAGACGACGAGAUUAUUUUUGAGUCAUCAGUAUAGGGUAUUGGGGGUGGAUAUCAGUGAAAUGGAUUAUGAUGAGUUAGAGAUGAAGGAUCAGGAGAGGUUCCAUUUCCAUAGAGGAGACUUGAGAAAUGAUGGAGAGUGCGAUUAUGUGGUCAGGAUAUGUCUUGCUGAAUUUGGUGACAAGAUUGACGUCCUGGCCAAUAUAGCUGGUGUAAUGGACGCAUUUGCUGCAGCAGACAAUGUCACGGAUGGUGAAUGGGAUCGUGUCAUUGCAAUCAAUCUCACAGUUCCUACUAAAUUGAUGAGAGCUGUUCUACCAGUCAUGAAAGCAAAGAAAAAUGGUGUCAUUAUCAAUGUGGCUAGCAAAGCUGCAAUGAGUGGUGCUUCAGCAGGGGUUGCUUAUACAGCUUCAAAGCACGGAUUGUUGGGAGUGACCAAGAACACUGCAUUCAGAUUUAGGGAUGAGGGCAUUAGAUGUAAUGCUGUUUGUCCCGGAGGCGUAAUGACCAACAUUGCCAGUUCAAUGAACCAAGAGUGCUUCGAUCAAGAAGCGCCGGUGCAAGCUCUUCACAUCAAACCUGGUGAAAACCCUCCAAUUUCUGUUUCAGCAGUGGCUGAAGCGAUUCUGUAUCUUGCAAGCGAUGGAGCGAGGGCGAUUAAUGGCGUUGCGCUUCCCAUUGAUAAUGCAUGGAGCACCAUUUGA